AUAAAGCCACACAACAACAACAAAAUGCGGCUGUUAAUAUUCAUUUUGGCCUGUUUGGCACCCCACAUUAACGCAUAUCAUAUGUCAGCCGCCUCCGCGGGUGUCUCCUUCAUGAAUGAAAACUAUCUGGACCAACAGACGUCACAAGCGUUGAACAUACAGAAUCCCGCAGCGAAGUCAAUGCGCAGUCGCCGCAUGUACGGCAUGUGUCCGCCACACUUCCAACGUGUCGGCUCUGAGUGUUACUCGUUGCUGCCGCAGGCCAGCAGCUGGCUGGAGGCGCAUUUCUUCUGCAAAGACAAGAAUGCGAAAUUGGCGGAACCACAGAAUAGAGCCGAUCGGAAAUUGCGCCUUUUCCUCAAGAGCUACGACGCACAGCGUGGCUCAACUGAUCCCAUUUGGAUUGGCGCCACCUAUGAUUGGCAGAGUAAUGUGUGGCAGUGGAGCAUUAGUGGCAAGAAUUUAACCUAUGACUCCUUCAGUCGCAUGGAACCUGAGAUCAGACAGAACUUGGAAAAUCAUUGUGCUGUGUAUGACCCAAGACUAGAUUAUAGAUGGUCUGCACGCCCAUGCCCGGAUCGUUUCCGUUUCAUUUGUCAACAUAAAAUGCCAAAGGUCAGCGAGAAGAAUCGUGGCAAGGUCUAUACACGUUGGAAUUCCACCUAUCCGAAUCAAUAUGCGAACGAAGUCAUAUUGCAUGUGGUGGAUCAGCCAGGCAAAAAUGGACGCAGUGUCAUCGUAAAGGCAGAGGGCAGUAACGAGCAGAUCGAAGUACCUAAGCAACGUGGCAAACCCGGACGCAAACGUGGUGAUCGCACAGGACGUCGUCGAAACCAACCGACCACAAUCCAUCCGAACGAUAUCGAUGCACAAGCUACUUCGAAUACGCCAACAACAUUGGCGCAUUACAACGAAAUACCGGUGCCGGCCACAGCUACGCCCAGACCAGCCAAUAAGGCGAGAAACAGUCAAAAGCAAAUGCCGCAUGAUCGUGUCGUAUGGCGACAACGGCAGAAGGAGAAGCGUCGUCUGCAGCGCAAGCAGCAGCGAGCACAGCAAAUGCAACUCGAGAAGGAGCGCAAAUUGAACGAACAAAAAAUGCGUAUACUGGCAAAUCAGGAGCGUGAACGACAACGCCACCACCAGGAACAGGCACAACAAGACCAACAACAGAAAUCACACGAACAAACCGAACAGCCGCGUCGCGAAAUGGAUGAACUGCGUCAGCGUGAAGCCAACGAACAGGAGCGACGUCACCAGCAGCAAUUGGCCGAAGCGGAGGCUAAACGACGCGAAUAUGAACGAGGACAACGUGAAUUGGAAGCAUUGCGACAGCAACAUGCCGAGGAGCAGCGACGCGACGACGAAUAUAGCAGCGCGGAGCGUAUACGACAAGAACGUAUAGAUCGGCAGAGAGAACGUGAAGAGAAGGAGCGCAAGGAACGUGAAGAGCAAAUGAAGAAGCAGCAGGAAGAGCUCGCCAAGGAGGAGGCGAAACGUGAAAAAGAACGAUUGGAGGAGGAGAAGCGCCAGCUGGAAGAAUACGAAGAACGUUUGAAGCAAGCGCGUAGCGAACGUGAACGGGAACUGCACGAAACGCAGGAACGUAAGCGGCAAGAGGACGAAGCAAACCGACGACGCUUGGAAGAAGAGAAUAGGCGACAACAAGAGGAGAUUAAACAACAAUUGGAAGAAGAAGAAAGACGGCUGAAGUUGGCCGAACUGGAAGAGGCACGCAAGCUGGAGCAAAAGGAACUCGAACGUCUGGCGGAAGAAAAUCGACGACGCGAGGAAAAGCUACGCUUGCGACAGGAGGAGAUCGCCAAACGUGAGCAGGAACAACGGCAGAUCGAAGAAGAAGAGGAGCGCAUAAAGAAGGAACUCGAAGAGGCGGAACAACGACGCAAAGCGGAACACGAAGCGCAAAUCAAGCAGGAGGAAGAUGCGCUCAAGGCGCGCGCCGAGGCAGAACAACGCGCUGCAGAGGAAGAGAAACGUAGACGGCAAGAACGCUUCGAAGCUUUGCAGAAGCAAGAUGAGGAACGUCUACGCAUAGAGAAGGAGGAGAAGAAGCGCAAAUAUGCCGAGCGUUUGUCACGACUCUCACCGGAAGAUCAACGUAAAUUCUUCGAAAUGCGCAAACGGCGAAAGGCCAAGAAGACACAGGAGCUGUUGCAACAAAAACAAGCCGGCAACGAGGCAUAUGAGGAGGAAUAGAGUGAAGGCGAAGGAUAUCAAAAUUGAUAUUAGAAUGUAACGGUUAACGAUUGAGUUGUAAAUUGAAUGGCUUCUUUUAAUUUUUAUUAUUUUUUUAUUUUUUGAAGCUUCACCUCCUUAGUCGACUGUAUUUAUAUCGGUUUUGCUUGACUCUCCGCAACCGCAUGCAAAAAAAUAUUAAAUUAAAAUUAGUCUUAAGCUAUAUUAUUACAUUUUUUUUCUAAUUUAAGUCGUUGCUGCCAUUUUAUUUCACUUGAAUAGUUAUACUUGUAAACGCUCAAUGUUGCUUUAGCUCCCUGUUCGCGCUCUCCAUUUUAUAAUUUCAUAUAGUACAUAGCUAACAAAAGCAAAAAACAAAAACAAAUAAAAUUGGCUUAAAAGAAAAACGUAUUUAACUCGUAAGUAAAAUUACCGCUAAGGCACUACACAUAGUAUUAGCUUUAGUAGCACACGAGCGGCGCUCCAGUGACUUCGUCUACUGCUUUGGCAGCAGUUCUCUCGCUACACUCGAUUGUAAAUUUACGAAAACAAAUGAAUAUUAUUAAUUUAUAAGUGAACAGAAAUGCAGUCGAAAAGGAUUGAAAAAUAUGAAAAUGAAAAUUAUAAAGUUUUGAAAUUUCAAAAAUUUUGAAAAUUUAAAAAUUUUGAAAAUUAAAAAAUUUAAAAAUUUUAAAUUUUUAAAAAUAAUAAAAAUUUUGAAAAUUUUUUAAAUUAUAAAAAUUAAAAAUUUAAAAAACUAUAAAAAUUUGAAAAUAAUAAAAAUCUACAAAAUAAUUAAAAUAAAAAACUGUGUUGUUUGUAUAUACAAAAAAUAACGUUUGAACACAAUGUAACUGUAAUUUAUAAACAUUUAUGAUUAUAUGGUAGCAAUAGUCUUAAGGGGUUAGGUGGGUUACAAAAUUUCAAAUUUGAAAAAAAAAAUUGUUUCUUAUUAAAAAAUUAUCAAAAAAUUUAAAUAAAAAAAAUUGUUAAAAUAUUAUCCAAAAAUAUCAAAUCAAUCCGAGUAAUAUUCUAAGAAAUAUACACUUUGGAAGUUCCGCCAAACAGGUCACGUCAGUACGAAUGUAAAAUUUUAAAUGGAUUUAUUUCAAAACUCAAUUUUACAAGUCGUUGAACACGGUAACUCAAAAAGUUAUGAAGCAAUUUCGUUCAAAUUUUGCACACAUCUUUGGAAUAGCAUUAGCUAAUUAAUGAAUGAAGGAUUUUUGGUUAUUUUUAAUGUAAAUAUUUUUUGAAGCCAAUUUAUGCCAAAAAUUUCAGUAAAACAGUGAGAUUUUUGGUUAAAAUUCUGUCAAAAAUUCAAAUUUCCAAAUUUUCCUUUUCAUUCUACUUUACUCAUUCUUCAUUAACUAGAUUUAUCCAUGUAUUAUCGAAAUACAUAUUUUUGGAUUAAUGAUUUUAGAUGAACCAAUCAGGAUAUGAUGUCCAUCGCAAGACCUUUUUUUGGAAACUUCAUGGGAAAUGAGUUGCCAACGGCUGAGUUAUCGGAAUUUUUAAAUAAUAAUUUCUCAAAAUACUGUUUAAACAUGUAUCUUUGAUACGCUGAAUUGUUUAUAUGAAAUAUAUGAUUGUAUAUAUUGAAAAAAAAAAAAUUGUAAAAAUACCCUUGUUUUUAGCCACUGAAACCCAUCUAACCUCACUUUAUUGUUAAAGCUAUGUAAAAGCACGCUUAAACUAUUUUAAUUAAUUAUAUUUGAUUUUUUUUCAAUUAAUUUCAUUAAAUCUUUCUUUAAUUAAAUUUAUAAAUAAUUGUUUUAAAAAAUUUCAACUUGAAAACUAUACAUAAAACACGCAAAAUUUUAAUUUGAAAAAAAUAUAAUUUAAAUAAAACUCAUAAAUAUAUGCAAAUAAUUUCAGCGAAAUUUACACAAAUGCAAAACAUUUUAAAUUAAAAAUUUUUCAAAUUUCAAAAUGUUUUUUUUCCAAAAUUUAAUAUGCUCUCCACACUUUUAUUUAAAACUUAAGUGCUUUUACACGUUUUUUUUUUCAUAAAAAAAUUCACAAAAAUGUCAAACACAAUAAUUGAGUCUAAGCAAACACUUAGUAAUAAGACACUUUUUCCGCACAAAAACAAUAAAAUAUAUUAUCAAUAUAAGCAAAAAUAAUAUGUUAACUAAUUUAAAGCACAUUUAGCGCCAAAAAAUUAAAAAAAAAAGAAUUUGAAGCUAUAUCAGCACAAAAUAUCUAUAAUAAACAAACUACUAAUAUAAGCCUUUUGUAUUUUUAAUUUUAAAACAAAGUAAUAAAAGAAUAAAAUUAUAAAAAAGCUACUGAAAUAAGUUGAAACACAUAUCAAAUUGCUUUUAACAAAUAUUAAAAUUUAAUUUUAAUCUACACUGUUAAUACAAAAAGCAACACUUGAACGAUAUUAUUAACAAAUAACAAUUAAUUACACAUUUUUUGUAAAACUAUUUUUUUUUUGUAAUAUUUUUAACAACUUAACUUUCUAAGCAAUUGUCUUUUACAAUACAAAUAUUUGUAUAUAAACGCAUAUAGUAAUACACAAAUACAUACUCGUAUGUACAUAUGUAUGUACUUGAAACGAAGUAAACCGAUUCGAAAUGCAAUUUUCAUCUAAUUAUUACCUCACAGUAUGUUUUGUCAUCUUGUUAAUAGUAGUAUAAACGAGUACAUACUCUUAUAUGAUAAAUAAAUGGAAAGCGAGCACGUUAUGCAAACAUAUUGAAUUCUACUUAGAUGCUUACAUACACACACAUACAUACAUACAUAUAUGCGCAUACAAAGAAUUAAAAAAAAAUCAAACAUUUGUAUGCAAAAUGUUUAAAUAUAAAAUUAUAUAAUUCAAGGCAAAUAGAAAUAUGCGAAUCGAGCACCGUAAAUUAUGUAACUAACCUUAGAUUUAACAGUAAAAUGAAACGAACGAAAAUGUAAGUAAAACAAGAAAAAACCGAAAACUUUGUUGUAAAUGUUAUAAGAAAAUGUAGGUAUGAAUGUAACGGUAAAAAGGGAAACACUUUUUUGAAAAUCAUUAAAUAUCCCGCAGCUGCAUACAUACUUACACUGACAAUGUGGAAAAUAAAAAUAAAAUUAAAGCAACAAUAAAGUUUUGAAAACUAUAUAAAAACACCAAUAAA